CGCUGAACGCGUCUCAACCUGUGGUCUCAACGUUCGCGAAAGGUUGUGUUGAGUUUCUGAGCUUCAAUCUCAUGCGGCCUUGUCGCGAUAAUCCAGUUUACACAUGUUUAUUCGGAUCGAAGAUAAUAUAUCCAAAGACAUAUUGAGUUAAUAACGCUCAUGGACAUGGAUGCGGUGAACGCCUUUAACGGGGAGAUGAUGUCCAUGAUGGACAUGACUCCCCCGAUCUCAAGAGCCAAAAUGAUGUCUGUAACCAAAGCAGGAAUCAAAGCGAUCAAGCUUUACAAGCACGUUGUUCAAAUCGUGGAGAAGUUCAUCAAGCGGUGUAAACCAGAUCUAAAGGUUGCUGGUCUCUAUGUGGUCGACUCAAUCAUCCGACAGUCCCGCCAUCAGUUCGGCUCGGACAAAGAUCUGUUUGGGCCGAGGUUUUUGAAGAACUUCACUGUAACGUUUCAGAACCUUUUCCAGUGCCCGGCCGAUGACAAGGGGAAGAUAAUGCGCGUGCUGAACCUGUGGCAGAAGAAUGACGUGUUUGGCAUGGACGUCAUUCAGCCGCUGUUAGACAUGGCCACGGCUCCAGUGCUGCCUGUUUUAGAGAAUGGAACCACGGUCGCUGCUCCUUCAGCCAUGCCAAUGCAAAUGCCAGUGGCAGUGCCAGAGUCAGUGCCAGCACCAGCACUAGUACCAGCACCAGCUGUUGCCACGGCAACACCUGCACCCACCGUUCAGGCCCCAGUGGCCCUCGCUGCAGUCGCUCAGCUCCUCCAGGGCACAGGGGGUGUAGAGUUACAGCAGCUGCUCCAAACUCUUCAACAGGCCGGAGGGGCGGGGCUUCCUCAGUCCACUGCCCCGCCCACUGAGCAGAAAACAUCAUUAGCUAAGUCUCUGCUGGACCGAUUUGAUUAUGAUGAUGAACCCGAACCUGUGGAGGAAAAGACUGAACCAGCCCCCGCUGCUCCUAUUACCAUAAACCUCCCUCCAGAAUUACAGCAAGCCCUGCAAGCUCAUCUUCUGAGUCAAAUCGUUAACCAGACACAGAUGCAGGGUCAGAUGGCGUCGCAGGGUCAAGUGCCAUCCCAGGGUCAAGCGCCGUCCCAGGGUCAAGUGCCAUCACAGGGUCAGGUGGCACCCCAGGAGUUCCCAUCGAUGGUUCAGACCCAGAUACCAGAUAACCCUCCUCAAACCAUUGAUGAGACCAUCAUACAGCCUAGUACAACUCAGCAGCCACAGGAUUCAGGUGAGACGGAGCGCUCGGUGCAUGAUGGGAGAGAUCGAAGACACAGCAGACGAACAAGAUCAAGGUCCCCACGGAGACGAUCGUCAUCACACUCACGCAGAUCGCGGUCCGGUUCACGUUCCCGCCGAGAACGCUCGAGGCAUCAUCGCACACGCUCCCGAUCCAGAGAGCGCAGAGGACGCUCACCGCGGCAGCGCUCGGAGGAGAGGAGAGACCGGGAGAAAGAGCGAGAGCGCCGACAGAAAGGACUUCCACCAAUCAAGAAAGAAACUCUCAGUGUGUGCAGUACUACAUUAUGGAUCGGACAGCUGGACAAAAAGACUCAACAGCAGGACAUCAUGAGUCUGAUGGAGGAGUUCGGACAGAUCGAGUCCAUCAAUAUGAUUCCUCCCAGAGGUUGUGCCUACAUCGUCAUGGUGCACCGACAGGAUGCCUACACAGCCCUGAACAAACUCAGCAGAGGGGCUGUUAAAGUCAACCAGAAAACCAUUAAGAUCGCAUGGGCAUUGAAUAAGGGCAUAAAGACGGACUUGAAGAAGUACUGGGAUGUGGAGCGGGGCGUCACUUAUGUCCCCUGGGAAAAAGUGAAACCCGAUGAUAUUCUCAGUCUUCAAGAAGGAGGCAUGCUUGACUCUGAAACGCUCAAAUCAGAGUGGAGAAGUGCUGUGGCCAAGCUGGCUGUGCCAGUAACAGAAGGACCUGAAGGAAAACAGGAAGAUGGAGCUGCACUACCAUCGGUAUCACAGAGCCCUUCAGUUCAGCCUGUUUCCACAAUGAAUGUCAUCCCAGGACCCCUUCCUAACAUGAGUUUACCACCUCCAGCCAUGAUCACAGGAGCCUCCCCUCCGCCUUUCCCUCCUCUUGGAUUCAACCCGCCACAGAUGCCUGCAGGAUUCCAUCCUGUCAUCCCAGUGGCCUCUAUGAACCCUGCAGGUCCUCCUCCAUCCAUCACAGAAAGCCCAACCAAAGAUCCUUCAGAGGACCCUCCUGAGCUUUCCAAGAGUCACAUGGACCCGACAGGAGCUCAAGCUCUUAGUCCGCCACAUCUCACGGGGAUUCUGGGGUCCAGACCGGGACCUCUACCGCCACACCCCCCUGUGGGGCUCCGCCCACCAUUCAUUCCUGCUUUCCCCAAUAAUGGGCCUCAUCCCAUCCAUCACCCUCCAAAUAUGCCCCCACAAAUGAUGCCCCCCAGGGGCCCCAACCCAAUGUUUAGUGAACCUCCUGCGGGCCGAUUUCGGAUGCCCAUGAUGGGCCCUCCAAGACACAAUGGGCCUCCAAGACACGAUGGCCCUCCAAGACACGAUGGCCCUCCAAGACACGAUGGCCCUCUAAGACACGAUUUCCCCCCUCACAGGCCCCCCAUGGGUCAUAGGGGAGAGGAACCGCACUGGCGGGAACAAGCACCCGAAAGGGGCCCGGACAGAUUUGGAAACGAGCCACCGUUUCAUCGGGGUGGGUGGGGCAGGGGCGGCCCUCGUGGACGAAGUCGCUUUGGGAACUGAGUUGGGUAUUUUUAUUGGCCAAUAGCUUCAGCUCCGACUGGACUGCGGAAAACGGGACUCUGCGUCCUGUUGACGGGAUUACGGAGAACACAUGAAAUUAACGGACACAGUUUCUAAAGUUCACGUUUCUGAAUACCAGUGAUGGUGCUCACCUUUCUACAUGUUGUAAUAUUCGUUUGAAUAGGCGAGACAGAAUCAAGGAUCACAUAUUAUGAAAUUCCCGUUUGCACUUUCUCACUCCAUGUAAAAUAGAAGAGGUCUGUAAUAUUUCAGAAGUUACACUUGCUACUAUAAACUAACAUUAGAGGUCUAGUGUAACAGGUUUCAUGUAAAUAGUCCGGUUUGCACACUUUACGAUUGUUGUAACAUGAAGAAACCAUCUCUGGAAUAUGUUUAUCCCAGCUUCCGUUGUGUAUAUUUGGAGGAAAUAUUUAGUUUAACGCUUCUGUAGCCUUUCAGCGAGGAAGUAUAGUGUAACCACUGUGUUGUGUAAUCAUUAGAGCUGUAGGUUACACUCGUCAACGGUAGAGCAGCAUCUUUGGUGGUUUAAUUUUACGAAGCUAUUUUUUUACCAAUCAUUCUUGGUUUCUUUUUCUGUCUUAAAGGUUUAUAUUAACAUGCUAAAAUGAACAUGAGUAAAUGUUGUGUGACUACGUAAA